CAAAUGUCAAAGUCAGGUGAUGCUGCCUCAAUAAUAAUGGAAAAAAUAGAAUUUUAAACAAAAUUAUACAUCAUGACAAUGGCACCGAAAAGCGAUAAACAUGGUACAGGUAAUGGAACUGAGGAAAGUGCCGACGAAGCUGAUCUUCAAGAAAUUGCUUCUGUAAACACUAGUUUGGAUGAAUUAAGUAACAUGUUAGAUGAAAUGGAAAAUAAUACAGAUAAUAUAAUGGCACAAUUAAGAGAAUUAUUACAAUCAAAUAGAGAAAUACGUGCGGAAUUUAAAAAUAUGGAUCAAACAACAUCGCAAUCCCAAAAUUCAGAACAAACAAAUAAUAAUUCCAAUCAAACUUCACAAGGUAGUAGUAAUACUACCAUAACAGAAGCGAAUAAUCCAGAUGAGGAAAUGAAAGAUUGUUAGAAAAUGUUAUUAAGUUUUCUUGUUGUAUUCAAUAUUUUGCGGGAUUACUUACAUUAUUAUAAGUACCUAUAUGUAUAUUAUACAAAAUAUUGGAAAACUGCAAUGUAUAAGGAAGUAUCCUGUUCUAUUCUUAUUUAAAUCAGUAUUUAUUUUAUGUAAAUAUUACUACAUACAUGUUUUAUUAUAUGUGUUAAUC